GAGGAUGCUAACAUUAGAAACACAAUCACUAGAAACUAAGACUCUUCUUACUAAACGAAAGAGAGAUCAAAAGGACUCACCACACUCAGAUAACUCUAAGAAGCUUAAAACUGAUGAACUAGAGGAAUCAGUAAAGAAGAAACAAAUAAUGACUGGAGAAUAUGAGAAACUUAAAGCUAUAGUUGCUGAUAAGGAAGUUUAUAUAACUGAACUAUUGAAAGAGAAGACACAAGUAGAGGAACAACUUAAAGAAAAUCAGAUAAUUAUUGAUAAUUUCAAGACUACAGUAUCUGAGAAAGAUGCAUAUAUAUCUAAACUAUUGAAAGGGAAAUCACAAGAACAGGAAAGGAUCACAUCCCAAGAGGAACAAUCAAUCAAAGAGACUAGUUCUGUUGAAGUUCAGUUCAACUACUUAAUACCAUCAAUGGGUAAGAGAUAUGCUAGCAAGUUUGAGCUGAUUUUCCCUAAAAUUGGAUUUUUAAUGUUACUCAAAAAUUGAGCUUAAAUCCCUGUAUAUAGUUUUACCCCGACUAUGAAG